CUCAACAUUACCGAAAGUCAUACCCAACCAUAACCGGAUUACUAGUUCCGAAUUUGAUUAGCCGGUUUAGAAUUCGGCUUACCUCUCUCCCUUCUUCUUCUAUAUAUAACCCAACUGUUCUUGAAUCUUUCUUGUCCUUUACUCGUUCAAUCGAUUUCAAAUCGCUUCUGGACUUUUUCUUCACAUCUAUUGACAUGGGAAUCUGUGUAUCGCUCAACCGAAGAGACUCCAACUCUUCCCCAACGGUGAAGAUCGUCUCCGUCAACGGCGAUCUACGGGAAUACAAUGUGCCGGUGCUAGCAUCUCAGGUCCUCGAAGCCGAAUCGGCGGCAUCUUCGUCCUCCUCUUACUUCAUCUGCGAUUCGGAUUCUCUCCACUACGACGAUUUCAUCCCGGCGCUCGAAUCGGAAGCGCCGCUUCACGCCGAGCAGAUCUACUUCGUCCUUCCGGUAUCUAAACGGCGGAACCGUCUGACGGCGCCGGAGAUGGCGGCACUCGCCGUCAAAGCAAGCGUCGCUAUACAAAACUCCGUCGGGAAAGAUUUUCGCCGGCGUAAAAAGGGGAGAAUCUCGCCGGUCAUGAUGCCAGCUCAGCAGCCUAACGGUUCUGUUGAUGCUGUUAACGGGAAAGCGAGCGAGUCAACGGUUAGGAAGGAAAGGCCGUUGGUGAAGAGAACGGCGACGUUUAGGGCUUCGAGUGGUUAUACUUAUAACCGGUCCGGUUCGGUACGUAAUUUGAGAAGGCAUACUUCGAAGCGAGCAAAGUUGGCGGUUCGAUCGUUUAGGCUGAAACUGUCAACGAUCCACGAAGGCUCAGUCGUUUAGAUUGGCUUUAUAACUCUUUAAUUUUGGUGAGGAGCAAACAAAUUAUUAGAAUAAGCAUAUAAUAUUAUUUGAGGUUGCACAAAAAAAAACAUAUAAUAUCAUUUGCAAUUUUGUUUUCGUUUGUUAUAAACUGAUGAAACAAUAUCAGAUGAAGAAAAACAUUUUGUAAGUCUGUAUAUUUCUUUUCUUUUACGUUAUUUGUUUGUUUGUUUGAUUGUAUAUAUUGGUGACGUACCUCAGGUC